GGUCGAUCCUGUGGCUGUGGCCUCGAAUCAAAUCAACUACUAGAGCCAGUAUGGACUUUGCUGGACACAGCAGGAACCACUCGGCGCCAGGUCCGCCAAAUUGGAGACAGAAAUCCAGUCACUACCUGAUAGGUACAUGGUACACCUUCCACGUACUGAUCUUAGUGUGGUUGUGUAUGUCAUAGCUCCCUCUCGCAUAAACGGCCCCUCCCAAAUCCUACCUUUCCCCCUCCCAGAAAAUCAUAAUCAAAUGAAGAAAAAAAAUAAUAACGGGAAACGGAAAUCCGAUAAUCAGAAUUUGAGGGAAAAAAUAUGGCGGGCCUAGCCGAUCAAUUGCGACAGUGAAAGGUAUAAAGGCUCAUGAGCCCAUCCUCACUAUGCUUGCUCAUUUUUAAUCUUAACGAGGGAUGCUCAUCGACGGUCAGAAGUGGGCUUGCGAAGCUUGCAUUCGAGGUCACCGAGUGACCAGUUGCAAACAUCAUGAUCGACCGUUGAUCCGCAUCAAACGCAAGGGCCGCCCCUUCGCAACCUGCUCAAUCUGCAACGCCACGCCCUGCGAGGCCCCCACAGAACACGCGCGACUCAAGCGCGAAGCGGAGCUCAAAUCUCCAACCUCAAAAAAAGCAAACCACGCAAGACUAUACCCGCGCCAUCAUAGCUCCAACGGCUUUCUCCCCAUCGCGCCUCGACCCUCGGGCAGUAGCAGUAGCGCCAAAGAUACGCCCGGCUCGUCGUCGGCGCAGGUCUCGCGCUCCGGGUCGACUUCUGCGGCUUCUGUGUCGUCGUCUCAGACCCCCGUUCGCGGUUCGCAAUCUUCUUCGCGCCGCACUAAGGUCCGUGGUAGUGUGGGGGAGUGGUCGGGUUCGGAGGGUUCGGGAAAUGAGUCUUGCGGCGGCAGUUAUGCCCAUCCUUCUACUUCUUCCUCGAUGGCUGGACUUUCGGUUUCAGCUGCGGUUAGUCGUGCUGGAUCUAGCCAGAGUAUUUCACGCUCCGGGCUAGAGAAUCUGACGCUUGACCCGGUGGUAUGCGGAGAUAUGUUUGACCCCAUGUAUUCCCUCGCUCCGGCGUCUUCGUCCGUGUCCGGGCCUAGCCUGGUACAGAAUGUGCCCUUGAUAAGCCCCUUGGAUGGUGUUAAUCCGUUUGAUUUCCCGCUGGAUCCGGCGCUGACGCUUGACGAGGGAGCUUUGGAGUAUCUGGAUGAUAUGGAUGUGGGUUUGACCGAUGAGGUUUUCCAUGUGGAGGAUUGGUCAAGGUAUAUGUGGUCGCCAGAGACGGGAUUCGAGCAUUUAGACACAGGCUACCCUGCUGUGUCCCAAUAA